AAACAGUACAAAAAGUCCCAAAUAAUUUUUUUUUUUGUUUUACUCCAAAUUCGCCGACGAGUAAGCGAGAGAUGGCGCCGCCGGCGACGGAGCGGUGGUGCUGGGCUUUGAUCCUUCUCUUACUUUCUUUGUUCAUCCAAUCUUCGACGGCCAUUUAUUGCGGCGCAGAAGAUUGCUAUGCUCUCCUCGGAGUCUCUCAAGAUGCGAACGCAUCGGAUAUCAAGAGAUCGUAUUACAAACUUUCUCUGAAACAUCAUCCUGAUAAGAAUCCGGAUCCUGAAUCGAAGAAGCUGUUUGUGAAAAUCGCCACUGCUUACGAGAUUUUGAAAGAUAACGAGACUCGGUCACAAUAUGAUUAUGCAAUUGAACAUCCAGAAGAGGUGUUUUACAACACAGCUCAAUACUACCGCGCAAAAUAUGGACAUAAGUCGGAUCCUCGUGCUGUUCUCGUUGGUCUAUUGGUAGUUUUGUCUGCAUUUCAAUAUCUGAACAACGUGGCAAGGUAUAAUGAGGCGAUAGCGACAGUUAAGCGGACGCCUGCUUACAAAAACAGGCUCAAGGCUUUAGAACUCGAACGCACGGGUGGAGUAUCUAACAAGAAGAAGGGUCCAAAGCAGAUCGACCAGAAACUACAGGAAGAGCUAAGCAAUGAACUCGACCUACAAAUCAAAGGAGCUGAAAAACCGUCAGUCUGGGAACUUCUCGGUGUUCGAUUCAUUCUGCUACCAUACACUAUCAUCAAGCUUCUAGUAUGGUACAGCAGUUGGGUAUGGAGAUAUAAGGUUAAGAAAGCUCCUUAUUCAUGGGAAGACGCAUCAUACUUAACUCGAAGAUCUCUUGGAGUGCCUCUCGACGCAUGGACUAAUCUCGAUGAAUCUAGGAAAGAAGAUCUGGUGCAGAGAAGGCUAUGGGAGAAGCAGAAUCUUGAGAACUACUUUGCAGAAAUGCGUAAAGAAUCGAAGCGAAGAAGAUAGGUAACUUAUCACUUACCAUGCCAGGAGGAUACACAUGACAAAUCCAAGUUCCAGAAGGACUUUUGUUACCAUUAUUACUCUACUUUUAAUGUUCUUAUAUAUCUGAACAAACAAACCAGUUACAAGAAGAGACAGUAUAAAUUGUACGGUACCAGGAACCAAAACUCAAUUUAGCAUAUACAAGUUGGAUCAUGUCUGAUAAUGGGCAUGUUCCGUUUUUGACUCU